UGGUAUAUCCAAGCUUUAUCAUUAGGCGAAUAAAGUAAGGUGUGAAAUGAUGUGUGUGAUUGUUAAUAGUGGUGGCUUUCUGGAGGAAAGCUGAAGAGCUGGGCACAGAUAUAGAAGACAAUGUUAAUUUUUUUACACAUUACUAUUUCUACCUUUUGCAUUUCAUUUCACGUGCAUGAAUUAAUUUUUAUAAAAAUUUCACAGGCUCAGAAUGAAGCUGUGUAUACAUCAAUCAGGCUGAUAUUACUCAAAGUGGGGAGUUGUAACUAGUAUACAUUUAAUGUGUGUCCAUCUUUUGGCUUUAGUCUGACCAUUGCAUUACCUAAUAUCCUACUGGCCCUGAAUGUGAAGUUCGUUUUACCAGAAGCCUGACAGGGUCAUUGUCCUUUCCACACUGACAGAAGCCUACUCUCCUUAUAACCUUGAAAUCCUCCUCCGUGGCAGGAUUAGUGACCCUUGAAUCCUGCAGUGAAUUAACACUCUACUCCAUUGGGGCCUGGCCUGGCCCAAGGGUCUAGAGCUCCAGCAAGGCCCACCUUCACAAAAAAUUUUUUUCCCUGAGCUUAUCGAAUGAAAGCAUUGUUUCUCUUCUUUUUUUGAAUAUUAAGAGGUAAAGAUUCAAGCAGAUGGGCAACAGGAAAAUAUAUCAGGCCCUUAUCAGCAUUGUUAACAUACACCAAGUACAGACACCAGACAUACAGACCUUUGGUGCAAUUACAGCAGCCAGAACAGAGUAACAUCAAAGCACCUUGAGGGCAACAGGCAGCCCUCAAGCACCAUCCCCGGAACAAAUACACACCUUCUCUAACUGGAUCGCUUAUCUCUGAGCCUUCUCCUAACAGACAUAUAAAUACUGGCUGACUCUCUUCACUCGCCACCACGCUCAGGCUCCUGCUCUGCCAUACAGGACGCUGACCUCCGGGUGACUCACAGCCAUGAGGACCCUCGCCCUCCUCGCUGCCAUUCUCCUGCUGGCCCUCCAGGCCCAGGCUGACCCACUCAGACAAGCGGAUGAUGAGGCUCCAGCCCAGGACGAGCCUGAGACAGGGGACCAAGACAUGGCAGUCUCCUUUGCAGGAGAUGAACGCUUAGUCCAAGAGGCUUCAGGCCUAAAGAAGACCAUUAUCUGCCACUGCAGACGUCUACUGUGUCUUAGCUCAGAACAUCUUUCUGGGAUCUGCACCAUCAAAGGUGUUCGCUACCCCUUCUGCUGCCGUUGAGCUUCAAAAACAGAGACAAAGGAGUUCAUGAUUUGCUUUGAAGAUCUGUAAGAGGACUGUUAUUAUUCCUUGUACCUUGUCCUCAAUUUCCUUUCCUUAUCCCAGAUAAAGUCCUUGCAGCAAGUUCUCUACCUGUGUGCUUUUUGAUGUUUGAUAUGUAUAUUAAUCUGAACUCGUUAGACUUCUACUUCUCAGGGAAAGGCACCACCGUCUUUCCAGAGCGUUGGAGUAUUCCCGUUGAACAGGCCCAGGUCUACCCUUUAAGGCCUGGAGUUUUAUCAGCUCCACUGAAACAACUUUAAUUAAGAUUGCGAUGGGUUGUUAACAAAGACAUAACAAGCAGAAGAACAAUCAUAAGGCAACCACACUAUGAUACACUCAUUAUUUUUUACAUAGCCACAUAUAGUAAAAGUUGGAUUUUAUGUAUAAAAAGUUGGCUUCAUACAGACCAAUGAAC